GCGCAUGCGCAGACGCGUUGCGCGCCGCGACUCGACUCGACUCGCCUCGGCCCGACUUCUCGGCUCUCCGUGGCUCGCCCUCCCCGCCGCCAAGGUGCAUGCAUGCAUUCUAUGCGGCGUGCACCGCAUUAGAUGCAUUUCUAAGUCGCGCCGCAAUAAAUCGCAGAAAUAUCGAAGAGUGGAGAGUCUGCCGUGAAACCGAGGGAAACCGGGUGGCCGAGGGAACCGGUGGCGUGUUACCGACUCGACGACUCGACGACUCGACGAAACGACGACGAAGACGCGGUGAGAGAGAUCAUCCACCCGAGGGACCAGGAACGCGAGUCCGAGCAUCGAGAGCAACGAAAGAAGGAGGAGGAGGAGGAGGAGUAGAAGAAGAAGGAGAAGAAGGAGAAGGAAAAGAAGAGAUUCGAGCGGACGAGAACGAUCUCGAGAAGGCUUCGAGCGGGAGACGCGUUGCAGCAAGAGAUUCCCGCGCAGGAGAGGAAGACUGGACAAAGCGGAAGAAGCAGAAUAAGACGAGCAAAGCAGAAGAAGCGGAGGAACACAGGAGUAAAAGAAGAGCGAAAGCGAGACGCGUAGAAGCGGGGUUGCGACGGAAGUGAUUCAAUAGCGAAAGGAGAGAAAGAACGAGAGAACUAGAGAGAGAGAGAGAGAGAGAGAGAGAGAGAAAGGAAGGAAGAAAGAAAGAAAGAAGGAAAGAAAGAAAGGAAAGGAAGAAGAGUGUGUGAAAAAAAAAGAGAAAAACAUAGAGAAAGAGAGAGGAAGAGAGCGGAAGAUCCGGACAGAAGAUAAGGAUAGAUCUGGAAGAGUGGAAGAAAUCGGUAGAGGAAGGACGAGAGAAGAGAAGAAGAGGAAGAAGAAGAAGAAGAAGAAGAAGCUCGUUAGAGAGAACCUCGCGCCGCAUACAUAUAUAUUUCAGUGUGUUCAAAAAACGAGUGUACCUAAGUGCAAUAUUAUUAAACCUAAACGAUAAUAAGAAGCAACCACAACUACCAUCGACGAUAUCGGUAACGACGAGCGGUUAAUCGAUAAUCGAAUAGAAUUCCUUUUAAAGAGUUAAAGAAAAAAAAAAAAAAAAACCCUAGAGUCGCAUUUCGAGGAGGAGUCGUGAACAGACGCGAAUCAGAGUGAGAGAGAGCGAGAGAGAAAGAGAGAAAGGACGAAGGAUCGUACACGCACACGAGGAAGACGCAGGUCACGGCUGAAGCUGUCAACUGUGAAGUGGAAGAGAUCGAGUGGAGCGGCGGAUGCCAACCGAAGCGUCUUCGACACACGCUGUGCAGACGAAGUGACCGAAAUCUCGAGAGUGGAGAACUGCCGUCCCGGUUCAAAGAAAUCACACGACGUAUCACACGCGGCCGACGCGCGAGUCCCUUUCGCACCUUUGACGAUCGACGAAGAAGGGCUUGCACGUUCCGCACCACACCACGCACACACACACGCACAUCGACAUAACGGGGCUACUAACUACUCAGGGCAAAACGGGACGAGCAGUAUCAUCCGCGAGUGCGAUUUCUCACUGCGGUUCAGCACAGAGGGAGAACGUCUACGUAUACUUCGACCAACGGAGGAAUUUCGCGUCUGCACGGACUGUCCUUCUCGUUCACACCGUCCGGGCUGGGCAAUCCUGAAUUUUAACCUGAACUUAAGUGUAUGAUAGACUUUAAGUUAGAUAGAACAAAGAAAUAGGGUGUUCUCCGCUAGAGACGGAGGACGUCCAUUCGCGCGCGCAUCGAUUCAUCAGGCACGAACAGACAGACAGACACACACGCACGCACACACACGCACACACUACGCAGCCACACAUACACACACGUAGAAGAAAGAAAACGUACGUAUCAAAAAACGUAAAUGCAGACCAUAGGAAGGAGGAGCUGAAGAAGCAGAGGAGACGCGACAUCGAACGAGACGAGAGAGAGAAAGAGAAGAACUUGAUAGAACCACCAAACUGCGGAGACGCUCGUACUACUGCACGAUCAGUGUGAGAGAUAUACAAAGAGCGAUCGGCGAUCAAGUUACGGGAGAUCGAGACGUUUCGAAAGAUCGAGAAAAGUGGAAGGGCCAUCGAUCGUAGAUCCGGGAACAACGGAUCGGUGGUGUUCGCGA